GCCACAGCACCAGCGGGAGCACGAGCCCGGCCACGACGCUUCGGAGAAAGUCCGAUGGGGAGAACUCCCGAACAGUCAGUGUGGAGGGCGAUGCCCCGGCCAGUGAUCUGGGCGUCGGGGCCGACAGUCCGGAAAGCCAGGCCCCUUACCGUUGCGGGGGCAGUGCUGUUGUCAGCGAGUUCGCCAAGUUGUCGGACCCCUAUGAGCUGCCCCCGGCUGCCUGCCAUGUCCACAUGCCCGGUCCGUCUGCUGCCACUGGCCUGCCCUGGGCCCAGCGGGCUCGCCUCCAGCCCGCCAGCUUGGCACUGCGAAAGCAGGAGGAAGAGGAGAUGAAGAGGUCCAAGGCCCUGUCUGACAGCUAUGAGCUCUCCACAGACCUGCAGGAUAAGAAGGUGGAGAUGCUGGAGCGGAAGUACGGUGGCCCAUUUCUCAGUCGGCGGGCAGCACGCACAAUCCAGACAGCCUUCCGCCAGUACCGCAUGAACAAGAACUUUGAGCGGCUGCGGACCUCGGCCUCGGAGAGCCGCAUGUCCAGGCGUAUCAUUCUGUCCAACAUGCGCAUGCAGUUCUCCUUUGAGGAGUACGACAAGGGCCAGACUGCUCCUUACUUUGAGGGCAAGCCCGCCUCCUUGGAUGAGGGCGCCAUGGCAGGGGCCCGGGCCCAUCGGCUAGAGCGUGGUCUCCCGUAUGGUGGUUCCUGCAGUGGCCUGGAUGGAGGCAGCUCUGUCACCACCUCUGGGGAGUUCUCCAAUGACAUUACCGAGCUGGAAGACUCCUUCUCCAAGCAGGUGAAGUCCUUGGCGGAAUCGAUCGAUGAGGCCCUGAACUGCCACAAGGAGGAGGAGGAGGAAGAGGAGGAGGCGGUAGAACCGGGGAGAGUGCAGGUCUCAGGGCCCCUCCCAGAGCAGGCAGAGGCCCGGGAGCACCAUGGGGACAGCACGGGCACUUCCUUCAGUGAUGUCACCCUCUACCUGGAUGAAGCCACUGGGCCUGUGUCCCCUCUUUCCCCAGACCACCCAGCCAGCAGUGGCGACACUCCACAGCCAUCUCUGCCGCCACCCCCACCUGGGGCUGCCAAUGUUCGGGAGGAAGACAUGGGGGCCCGCCGGGGCCCCCCUUGCCUCGAAUGCAGGGACUUUCGCCUGCGGGCAGCCCACCUUCCACUGUUGACCAUUGAACCACCCAGUGAUAGCUCUGUGGACCUCAGUGACCGCUCUGACCGGGGCUCUGUUCACCGGCAGCUGGGCAACUAUGAGGCUGGUGGAACCGGCAGCCCCCACGGGACCUUGCAGCAGCACCCAGAGCCACCACCACCUGGGAGACCCCCUCACCCCCUCCGCCACUACCCAGCCCCCGAGGCUAGUGGCCUGGGGCCCCCACCACCCCCGCCUGGAAGCUCUGCCCUCAACAGUGGCGGUCCCCCUGGAAGUGGCGGCAGCCGAAUCCUCAUGGGCAAGUGUGAGGCUGGCACGGCUCCGGCGGCCACUGGUGGCAGUGGCGGCGGCGGCGGCGGAGACAACUCUGACGGGGAGCCUGAUAGCUUGAACAGCACCACGAACUCAAAUGAGACCAUGAACUGCAGCUCAGGAUCGUCGUCGCGAGACAGCCUGCGAGAGCCCCCUGCUCCGCUGGGCUCCCAGACUUAUCAGCGGGAGACCAGGCACAGCUGGGACUCGCCAGCCUUCAACAAUGACGUGGUCCAGAGACGGCAUUACCGCAUAGGCCUCAACCUCUUUAACAAGAAACCAGAGAAAGGCAUCCAGUACCUGAUCGAGCGUGGCUUCUUGUCGGACACACCUGUGGGGGUAGCCCACUUCAUCCUGGAGCGGAAGGGCCUGAGCCGCCAGAUGAUCGGGGAGUUUCUGGGCAACCGUCAAAAACAGUUCAACAGGGAUGUGCUCGACUGCGUGGUGGACGAGAUGGAUUUCUCCUCCAUGGAUCUGGACGAUGCUCUGCGAAGGUUCCAAUCCCACAUUCGAGUCCAGGGAGAGGCCCAAAAAGUAGAGAGGCUUAUUGAGGCCUUCAGCCAGCGGUAUUGUGUGUGCAACCCGGCCCUUGUGAGGCAGUUCCGGAACCCAGAUACCAUCUUCAUCUUGGCCUUUGCCAUCAUCUUGCUCAACACAGACAUGUACAGUCCCAAUGUAAAGGCUGAACGCAAGAUGAAGCCUGAAGACUUCAUUAAGAACCUCAGAGGAGUUGACAAUGGAGAAGACAUCCCCCGGGACCUGCUGGUUGGCAUUUACCAGCGCAUCCAGGGUCGAGAACUGAGGACCAACGAUGACCAUGUAUCCCAGGUGCAGGCUGUGGAACGCAUGAUCGUAGGCAAGAAACCGGUCCUCUCCCUACCCCAUCGGCGCCUGGUCUGUUGCUGCCAACUCUAUGAGGUACCUGACCCCAACAGGCCACAGAGGCUUGGUCUUCACCAGCGUGAAGUCUUUCUCUUCAAUGACCUACUUGUGGUCACCAAAAUUUUCCAGAAGAAGAAGAUCCUGGUGACCUACAGUUUCCGCCAGUCCUUUCCCCUUGUUGAAAUGCACCUACAGCUCUUCCAGAAUUCAUAUUACCAGUUUGGCAUCAAACUGCUUUCUGCAGUGCCCGGUGGGGAGCGGAAGGUGCUCAUCAUUUUCAACGCACCCAGCCUGCAAGACCGCCUUCGCUUCACGUCUGACCUCCGAGAGUCCAUAGCUGAAGUACAAGAGAUGGAGAAAUACCGUGUGGAAUCGGAGCUAGAGAAGCAGAAGGGGGUGAUGCGCCCCAAUACCUCCCAGCCCACUGGCUCCAAGGACGCAGUCAACGGCACACUGCCCCGGUCCAGCCUGGAGGACACAUAUGGCCUUGGUGAUGGUCUGAAGCGGAGUGCCCUUAGCAGCUCCCUACGUGACCUCUCAGAUGCAGGGAAGCGGGGGCGACGUAACAGCGUGGGAUCAUUGGACAGCACCAUCGAAGGCUCUAUUAUUAGCAGCCCCCGCCCGCACCAGCGGAUGCCUCCACCCCUGCCUCCAGCGCCACCGCCACCUGAGGAAUAUAAGACACAGCAGCGCCCUGCAUCCAACUCAUCCUCCUUUCUGGGCUCACUGUUUGGCAGUAGAAGGGGCAAAGGCCCCUUCCAGACCCCUCCAGGGCCUACAUCUGCCUCUUCCUCCUCUGCCUCCUCCUCUCACCACCAUCACCACCACCACCAUCACCACCACCACCCCCCUCCAGCUGCAGCGCCCCAUCACCCACCGCCAGCCCCAGCCCCGGCCCCGCACCACAUACAUGCCGAUGGCCCCUCCAAGCUUCAGGCCCUCCAUGCCCAGUAUUGCCAUGUGCCCGGGGGACCAGCCCCCCCUCCCCCACCCUACCACCCACAGCCUGCCCCACCCCCACCCCCACCUCAGCCAGCCCCUCUACCCCAGGUGGGCACUAUCCCACCGCCACCUGCCUCGGCGCCACCUGUGGGGCCACACCGUCACUUUCUAGGUGGGCAUGGGCCUCAGCACUUUACACUGGGCCGGGCUGGGGGCCGAGCCAAACGAGGAGCGGCCGGGGCAACCUCCAUGGGGGGUCGCUACCCACUGCACCAACCCACUUCACCCCUGCCCCUCUACAGUCCAGCCCCACACCACGGGUUGGUCCACCAUGCGUAUCCCCCACCAGGUCCACCACCACCUGGCGUCCACCAUGUGGCCAGCGCAUCCAAGCAGGGCCCCAAGCACUUUAUCUUUGGUGGGCACCCCCCACCAAUGAUGUCACGGUCAGCACCUGGAGGGCCCUAUGGGAGUGGGGGAGGAGGCGGCGGGGGCCACUCGGGCCCAGGGCACCCACCCCAGUCGCCGCUGUCACCUCACUCACCUGUGAUACCACCUCACCCUUCAUACCCACCACUUCCUCCACCUUCACCCCACACCCCACUUACCCCACAUUCGCCUGCACCACCCACCUCUCCCCACCCACCACCCCAUAGCCACAGUCAUGGCCACCCCCACGGUCAUGGCCAUGGUCCUGGGAACCCUAAGCCCAAACCAGCAAGUAGGAUCAGCACUGUUGUUUGAAUCACGAGCAGAAGGUCAGCUCACCCCACCUCCUGGGUUGGCCUUGGAUGCUCCUAGGACAUGUUCUGCCUGUCCUUCAUUAAAAAAAAAAAAAAAAAAAAAAAA